ACCCACCCACCCGAAAUAAAAAGUCUAAUUCUCUCAUUCUCUUUUAAAAACACAACUCUCUCUUUACCUCCUCUCUCAUUUCUCUCUAUACAAACCAAAGCCAUUUCUCCUUUCUUCCUCUCCUUCUUUCUCGAAAACAAACUAUACCCUUUCAUUGUUUUUCCGUUUCUUGGCUGAUGGGUUGUUUUGAUGAUGGCUGUAACACUGGCCUUGUUUUAGGGUUAGGUUUCACUUCACCAAAACCAGAAGACAAACAAAUUAACAGUAAUAAUAUUCAUAAACCCAAAGUUAUUAAGCCUAAUUGCACACUUUCCAAUGGUUUUGAGCCUUCUCUUAGCUUGGGUCUGUGCGGUGGCGAUGCUUAUCGUAGCAAUAGCAAAACAUUAGAUGUGAAGAAAAGUUUUGAUCAUCAAGAAAGUAGUAUAGUUGUUGGCGUUGUUGGUGCGGAGUUGUUUAGUCAAGCUUCUCCUCAUAAUAGUCAUAGUGCUGUUUCUUCUUUCUCUAGUGGCAGAGUUAAAAGAGAAAGAGAUCUUAGCAGUGAAGAAAUAGAAGUAGAGAGAGUUUCUUCAAGAGUUAGUGAUGAAGAUGAAGAUGGUACAAAUACAAGAAAGAAACUUAGGCUUACUAAAGAACAAUCGGCUCUUCUAGAGGAAAGCUUUAAGCAACACAGCACUCUUAAUCCUAAACAAAAGCAAGCUCUAGCAAGGCAGUUAAAUUUAAGGCCAAGACAAGUUGAGGUGUGGUUCCAAAACAGAAGAGCCAGGACAAAGCUGAAGCAAACUGAAGUGGACUGUGAGUUCUUGAAGAAAUGUUGUGAAACACUAACAGAUGAGAAUAGAAGAUUACAGAAAGAACUUCAAGAAUUGAAAGCUUUGAAAUUGGCUCAACCCUUUUACAUGCACAUGCCAGCAGCUACUCUUACUAUGUGCCCUUCUUGUGAAAGGAUUGGUGGUGUUGGUUCUGAUUCUGCUACAAAGAAUAACCCAUUUUCGAUGGCUCCAAAGCCUCACUUCUACAAUCCCUUCACCAAUCCUUCUGCAGCAUGUUAAAUUAAUAUAUACAAGACAAAAAGAAAACAGAAGAAGAAGAAGAAGAAGAAGAAGAAGAAGAAAGAGUAUAGAAUUUUCACAACCCCUCUGUUUUUUGGUUAAGGGCUUGUAGUCAAAAGAAUCGUGUAAUUAAUUAUUUUGUAGGAAAUAGUAAAUUAAACUACUGAUCCAUCUC